AUGGAUAUGCCAUUGCCUCCAGGAUUUCGGUUCCACCCGACCGAUGAAGAGCUCGUGAUGCACUACUUAUGCCGAAAAUGUACUUCACAGUCAAUUUCUGUCCCUAUUAUAGCAGAAAUUGACCUCUACAAGCAUAACCCAUGGGAACUUCCUGGAUUAGCUCUGUAUGGGGAGAAAGAGUGGUACUUCUUUUCGCCUCGGGAUAGGAAGUACCCAAACGGGUCAAGGCCUAAUCGGGCGGCUGGGAGUGGGUACUGGAAGGCGACCGGGGCGGAUAAACCGAUUGGUCGUCCAAAACCAAUCGGAAUUAAAAAGGCCUUGGUGUUUUACGCUGGUAAGGCGCCUCGAGGUGAAAAGACCAAUUGGAUAAUGCACGAGUAUCGCCUAGCCGACGUGGAUCGCUCGGCUCGCAGAAGGGACAACAGUCUUAGGCUGGAUGAUUGGGUAUUAUGCCGAAUAUACAAUAAGAAGGGUACCAUCGAGAAGCGUGACGCCAGCGGCCAGAGUAUGAUGAGCGCAGUGACGUCAGAGGAGGAGACGAAGCCCGUCAUCAUGACGUCAGUCCCGGAAUCGUCGGCGGUGUACGAUGACUUGGUGUACCUCAAUCCAUCCGAUUCCAUCCCGAGGCUUCACACGGAUUCAAGCUGCUCGGAGCACAUAGUUUCGCCGGAGUUCGCGCCGGAGGUGGAGAGCGCGCCGAAGCUGAUGGACUGGGACAAAGGCACCCUUGAUUUCUCGUUUAAUUACCUGAACACGACUGGUCCCAAUUCGGUGGACACUGCCGGCGGUUCGCUGAUUGGUUCACAGUUCCAGAGCAAUUAUCAGAUGGAGCCUAUGCCGGAUAUGUUCGCGUAUUUGAGCAAACCGUUUUGA